CCCUCCCCCACCGGCUCCGGCUCCUCCAGCUCCUCCUACUCGGGAAGCUAGCCAGCUAGCCGCUGUGAAAGCGACCAGAGAUCUUUAAAAAAAUCCCCCUGAACAUAAGAGGACGUUCUGGAUGAGACACUUUCCUCCAGAAAACACAGAAAUCGGCCUUUAUGGGACGCUUGUUCGGAGGAAAUUACGACGCGAUGGCCAGCUAGCAGAGCUAGCCGCAGCUAGCUGGUCGGCUAGCCGGGACAGGAGCUCCGGACACCCGCACAUAACUCGGCUUUUUGUUGGCUUUUUUGGAAUAACUUCACAUGUAUGCCAUCUUUAAUUAAACCGAGCUUUUGUUUACACGUUGGGUAAAAUAAAAUAACGAGGGGAAAGCUUUGUUUUUGGAAUAUGUAGGUCACUGAAGCUGACCAAGGAUCGUUAUGUGGGUCAUCGGGUGUUAGCAGGAACAGCUGGUUAGCACGGAGCUAGCUGCGGAGGAUUUUACUCAUUUGUCAGUUCAUUUAAAGAAAAGGACUUGUAACGUUAAUGUUUUACUCUGCAGUGUGUGUGCGGGCUCAGCAUCGAGUGGAACAUUUUAUUUUUUAAAUACUUUUUGAGUCGCUGGCUAACGAGGCUAAGCUAGCUGUUAGCUAACCGAGCAGCUUCACUAAUUAACAGUAACUCCGGGAGCAUGCUGAGCGAGGAGCCGUGUCUCCUGCAGGCCUAGCCGGGCAGCAGCAGCUUGGUGCGGACAGACAGACGGUUUCUGGCGUUUGGCGAGUGGAGGGAUGGCAUUUCACGGCGCCGGCCGGCAGACUGUUUGUGGAGAUUUGUUUCCGGGCUCUGAGCUGGGCCACAAGUAUUUCUGUGUCAACUCGUCCUGCGGCGCUCCCUCCACGGGCCUAAGCGCCACUCCCUGCCUGACCGGGCCCACCGCCCCGGCCGGGACCCCCCGCCACCCCACGGCUCUGGGAGGGAGCGCCGGCGGCGGAGCAGCGGUGCCUCAGCCCUACAGCAACCCGGCCAGCGAGGUGCCCAGCCCUGCAGAGAUGGAGCCGGACCGCCCCAUCGGAUACGGAGCCUUCGGCGUUGUCUGGUCCGUUACGGAUCCACGUGACGGCAGAAAGGUGGCUCUGAAGAAGAUGCCCAAUGUCUUCCAGAACCUGGUGUCCUGUAAGAGGGUGUUCAGGGAGCUGAGGAUGCUCUGCUUCUUCAAACACGACAAUGUUCUGUCGGCUCUGGACAUCCUGCAGCCUCCACAGAUCGACUGCUUCGAGGAAAUCUACGUGAUCACGGAGCUGAUGCAGAGCGACCUCCACAAAGUGAUCGUGUCUCCGCAGCCUCUCACCACCGACCACAUCAAGGUCUUCCUCUACCAGAUCCUCCGAGGUCUGAAGUACCUGCAUUCUGCUGGGAUCCUGCACAGGGACAUCAAACCUGGAAACCUGCUGGUCAACAGCAACUGUCUGCUCAAGAUUUGUGACUUUGGCCUGGCGCGGGUGGAGGAGCCCGACCCGUCCCGUCACAUGACCCAGGAGGUGGUGACGCAGUACUACCGGGCGCCGGAGGUGCUGAUGGGCUGCAGGCACUACGGCUCGGCCAUCGACGUCUGGUCCGUGGGCUGCAUCUUCGCUGAGCUGCUGGGACGACGCAUCCUGUUCCAGGCCCAGAGCCCCAUCCAGCAGCUGGAUCUGAUCACAGACCUGCUGGGAACGCCUCCUCUGUCGGCCCUGGCGUCGGCCUGUGAGGGAGCCAGAGCCCACAUCCUGAGGGGGCCGCACAAACCGCCGUCGCUGUCGGUGCUCUACAUGCUGUCUGACGGCGCCACGCAUGAGGCUGUGCACCUCCUCUGCCGCAUGCUGGUCUUUGACCCGGCGAAGCGUAUCUCCGGCAGCGACGCCCUGUCCCACCCGUACCUGGAUGAGGGCCGUCUGCGCUACCAUACCUGCAUGUGUCAGUGCUGCUACUCCGUCCCCAGUGGGCGGGUCUACACGCGGGACUUUGAGCCGGUCGCCGAGCGGCCGUUCAGCCACAGCUACGAGAACAGCCUGCUGUCCGUGUGGCAGGGGAAAGAAUUAAUCCAUCGCUUCAUCACGGAGCACCAGCAGGGGAAACGAGUGCCACUGUGCAUCAACCCUCAGAGUGCUGCCUUCAAGACCUUCAUCAGGUCCACGGCCUGGCACUCCUCCAAGGUGUCCAGGAAGGAGGAGAGAUGAACGUCCUCCUCUUCGUCUCCAGGAAACGACUUCACGGGCCGCCAAAACACAAGAGUUUGGGUCUUUUUCUUUGUUUUUAUUUUUAAUUUCCCCUGGCGAGAUGUGGAGAGGAAACAACAACAACACUCCCCAACACAAGAAGAGAAAACAGCCUGAAAAUCCUCAUCUGUUUCUUAAAAAAACCUCCCGCUUCACUUUUUUAAACGACCUGAUGCUUGAGGCGUUUGCCGGUGCUGAAUAUAUCAAAAAAAAAAAGAGAAGAGAAAAGAUGCUGCUGAAGUGUUGAGGAGGAAACAGAACUCGGUACUGGAUUUGGAUUUCCCUCGAUGUUAGUAGAGACUUUAAUGGUUUUAAUUGUUUGGUAGAUUUGUUGCUUAGUUGAUUUUUGAAGUCAUUCCAGCCCUGUGCAAUACGGUUUCAUUUAGACACGCUCGCCAAAUGGAUAUCCGGAUCCUCGACCCGCCAAACAACACGACAGCGCCAAGGUUUUUCUUUUUCAAACACAUCUCACUGUGUUUCCGCUGCGAGCUGACGCAGCGUUAAUAAUAAUGCAAUCUACCAGAUGUAGCAGGUUCUAACCACACACACGUUACCCUGUGCUUGUUUUACCUUAACACAACUUUCUUUUUUUGUCUGGUCCUGGCUCAGUGUCUGUUUUUGUAAAACUCAUUCAGCAGGAGAGAAUUUAAUCAGGGCUCAUUUUUUAAGAGGUCAAACUUUUAUUUUGAAAAUUGAGACAGGAAAGUGACUUUUAAAGGGACAGUGUGAUUUUUAUUAACAGCAAUUUUGAACGUACGCUAUAUUGAUAAUAAUAAUUUCACCCGUUUGUUUUUCUGACGGGAAUCAAAGCGGUUGUCUAUGCUUCUUUCAAACCCACCAGACUCCAUUGACAAAAAUAGCAAUUUUACCUCACAGGUCACAUUGGUUGCUGCUUUAAUUCUGCCUUGAUCUGUUAGUUUCUCUGUGUUAUUAUGUGACUUUGAUCGUUCCAGACUCACCUUUAGUAACACUCUAGUGACACGGUAACACAAUCAAACUGACAGAUUGAGGCAGAAGUAGAGCAGCAACUAAUGUGACCUGAGAGGUAAAAUUACUGUUUUUGUCAAUGGAGUCUUGUGGCUUUGAAAGGAACAUAGAUAAUAUCCUCAGAAUAUUUUUACCACUUUACCUUGCUGUCAGACAGCCCUGUAUAAGUUUACUUGAAGGACACUGUAGUCGUUAUUUAUCUUUUCUUCAAAAUCACCACACUCCAUUGAUAAAUACAGCGAUUUAACCUCCCAGAACACAUUAGGAGCUGCUCUACUUCUGCCUCAAUCUGUUAGUUUGUCUGCGUUAUUAUGUGACUUGACGUGUUAUAAAGGGUGAGUCUGGAUUCACCAAAGCUGCACAAUAACACAAAUUAACUAGCAGAUCCAGGCAGAAGUAGAUUAGCGACUAAUGUGAUCUAGGAGGUAAAAUCGCUGUUUUUAUCAAUGGCGUCUGGUGGCUUCGAAGAAAGCAUAAAUAACUGCCUCAGAAUAUUCUUACCACUUUACCUUGCUGUCAGACAGCCCUGUUUAAGUUUACUUGAAGGACACUGUAGCCGUUAUUUAUGUUCACUUCAAAAUCACCAGACUCCAUUGAUUAAAAACAGCAAUUUUACCUCACAGAGCACAUUAGUUGCUGCUCUACUUCUGCCUCAAUCUGUUAGUUUGUCUGCGUUAUGUGACUUUGACUGAUCCAGACUCACCUUUUAGUAACACUCAAGUGACACAAUAACAAACAAACCAACAGAUCGAGGCAGAAGUAGAGCAGCGACUAAUGUGAUCUGAGAGGUAAAAUUACCGUUUUUGUCAAUGGAGUCUGGUGGGUUUGAAAGAAGCAUAGAUAAUUCAUGAUUCAGUUCAGUGUAUUAAACUGAAACAGCUGAGAAAAAUGCUCUAAAUCUAGAGUAAACUGAUAUUCAUUAUUUUCGCCCUCCUGUCGACUGUUGAUACUCAAACAACCACGUUUUAAUAAAUCCAAGCUGUCCCUUUAAGUCGUCUGAAAAUCUGCAGCUGCCAGAUUCACAAAUAUUUGGCUUUCUUCUUCUUCAGCCCAUCUCUACAUGUUUUCUUUGUCCCACCAGCGGAGAGAGAGAGACGAACAGAAGUUUUUUUUUAUUUUUUAUCUUAAUUUAUUGAGUGUUUGUUGAAGCGUGUGUGUCUCCACCUGGAAGCGUCUCGGUUACCUCAAACCUCCAGAAACAGCCCGACAGACAGAGAAGCUGGCGUGUUGCAUAUCUUGUGUCCAGUGGAACCUCCCGUCAUUCCUCCAGACUCUUCUUCUUCUCCUGUUACCUCGUGCUCGCUCCUCGCCUCUCGCCCCGCCGCUCACACUCGCUGGGAGCUUCAGAGAGAACGAUGUUGUCGGUGAAAUGCUGCUGUUUUGUUUGGUUUUGUUCCUGUUUUAGUUUCAGGCUCAGGUGUCCCGUUUAUAGACUAUGAACUGUACAAAGCCCAACGAGGACGCUCCAGUAUUGAUCCUGGUCUGGAUCACCACAAAAAUCAGAUUCUACACUGAAAGAAGUUUAGAAGACGUGAGUUAAAUCUGUCUAUCUGUGACGACACGCAGACGCUGCAUCAGAAUGGAGCUCUGACACGUUUCAACGCUUUAAAUUCAUCAAAACAUCCUGAAAGUUUGGUUUUAUUUCAGUGAACACCAAACAGGAAACUUUCUGCAGAACAAAACACUUAAUUAUCAGUUUGUUGUUUGGUGCUGGAAUCCAUAAAAUUCUGAAUGAAAAAAAUCUGAAUUUUUUUUUUAAAAAUCAGAAUUUAAAAAAACAAGAAAAAAAUCUGGAUUUGAAUCCAUAGAAUUUUUAACUUUAAAAAAAUAAAAGGAAAAAAAAAUCAGAAUUCAAAACCAUAAAAUUCAGAAUUCAAAACAGGAAUAAAAAAAUAAAAAAAAAAUAUUCAGAUUUCAGAAGCUGGAAAGGAAUUUAAUCAUAAAUCCAUUAUAGAGAAACAGUUUAUUCAGUUCCUGUCCAUCGAUGAAUCAAUAUAAUGGACCAGAAAAUAAAAUAUUUCCACCAGAAAGAUUUGAGAUUUACUUUAAGAAAAUAUUCAGAGUUCUCUUCUAAUCAUGAACUGAUGCUGAAGCUUCUUGUCACGAUAUCCUAAAGUUAUUCACUUUUAUUCCAAGGAAAUGUUUUUUAUUCAAACCAAUAAUCGGUUCACACAGUAUUUGCUGAUGAGUUUAUUUGUUUCAGCUCUAAACUCUGUAGAUUUAUUUUUGUUAUCAUGUGUCAAAGCUGUUUGGAACUAAAACUUUUUUUUGUGGUCGUUUUUUAAAAUGAAAAUAAGGUUUUGUCUCCAACUUUCAGAUUAUUAUUCCACUGUCGAGGCUCGUUUUCAGAGCAAAACUAGUUCACCUUCAUGUUAAAACUUUUGGAUUCAGAAGCAAAAAACUUCUAAAUUAAAAAAAAUUUAAAUUCUGAAAUAAAAAAUUAAAGAUUCUGAAUAAAACUAAAAAAUUCUGAAUUUAAAAACAAGAAAAAAAAAUCUACAUUUUAAUGCAUAACACUCUACAAUAACAUUCUAAAUGAAAAAUUUGAAUUUUAAACCAUAAAAUUCUGAAUCAAAAAUUAAAAAUAGUCUGAAUUUUUAAAAACAAGAAAAAUAUUGGAUUAUAUAAAAAAAUUAUAAUAAUUCUGAACUUGAAAAUAAAAUAAGAAUGCUCAAUUUAAGAAAAAAACUUCUGGAUCACAAAUGUUAUUUUUCUCUGAAACUUUUCCGUUUGAUUGCAUAAGAAAGACACAAAAUGAUCCUCAUAUAUUUUAAUGAUAAACCGUCUUCUCACAUCAUGAAAACAUUUAAAUAUGAAAUCCUGCAGAACAAACGAGCUGCAAGAAAAUAACCUGCAACCAAAACAAAAAGUAGAAAGUUUUGCAUGUUUGUGUCCACAGGAAACAAACAAACUUCGUGAAUGUGACGAGUAUGAAAUCAGAGAAACGUGUGAAACUCUUUCUGACUGAACGAGCUUUUAGUUUUUAACGAUCUGAGGAAGUUUUUAGGCAACGGCGAGCUGAGAGAACUUCCUGCCGCCGCGCCUCCAAUUCCUGCAGCGCAUCGGAGAAACGGUCGACGAAAGGUUUCUUUUACUUGUACAUGUCCUUAACCUCCAGUGGGCCCCUGAACCUCGGGCCCUUAAGCCUCGGGGCCCCUGAGCCUCGGGCCCCUAAGCCUCGGGGCCCCUGAGUCUUGGAGCUCUGUAGCUUCGGGGCCCCUGAGUCUUGGAGCUCCUCAGCCUCGGGGCCCCUGAGUCUUGGAGCUCCUCAGCCUCGGGGCCCCUGAGCCUCGGCUGCAGGCCUCAGGCCCCUGAGUUUUGGCCCCUGAACCUUGGAGCCCCUAAGCCUUGGAGCUACUGAGUCUCUGACCCCUGAGCCUCGGGGCCUCUGGGUGUCCUGGGGGGCCCCGGGUCCCCUGACUGGGCUCCCCUGUAUAUCUGCAUGUGUAUAUUUAUUAUUCUCCCUCGGAGCAUUUGGGUUUGAAUGCUGUGCAAUUUGGUUGUCGACGACGACGAAAACGUACAUUUUUUUCUCAGUUUUUUUUUUGUGGUAAUUUUUUUUAUUUAAUUCAUCUUUAGGAAGUGAUUUUUAUUAGAAGUUUUGUUUUAGUUUGUUGUGAUCUGAUUAGAGUCGGUUGAACGUUUCCAUUGUUCCCUAAAAACUUUCAAAAAGUGAAUCAACACGUUUAUUUACCGUCACAACUUAAUUUCCUAAAACUUUUAUCAUUAAACUGAAAACAACCCAAAUAGUGUAAACUAUCAGCCCCAACUUAUGUUUAUUUUUGAUAAUUAAUAGUUGUUUUUGAUUGAUACAGGACAAAGUUUAUUUUUAAGAAAUCAUAAUUUCUAAUUCUGUAGUUAUUUCUUCUGGUUAAACUAAAAAUCAUCAGAAUUAUGUGAUUAAGUAUUAAAAUGCCUAAAAACUAAAGACUUGAAUUAAAAACUUUUUUUUUAAUUCUUAAUGUAAAAACAAGAAAAUAAUCUAAAUUUAAAUCCAUAAAAUUCAGAAAUAAAAUUCUGAAUUUAAAAUAUAAAUAAUUCUGAAAUUGAAGAAAAAAACUGAAUUUAAAAACAUUAAAUUCUGAGAUUUAAAAAACAAGAAAAAAUCUAAAAUUUAAUCCAUAACAUUUUGAAUUUGAAAAAUAAAAAAUUCAGAAAGUGAAAAAAAAAAAUCUGAAUUUAAACCCAUAAAGUUCUGAAUUAAAAACAAAAAAAUCAGAAUUUUUUAAAUCAAGAAAAAUAAUGGAUUAUACAAAUCAAUUCUGAACUUUAGUUAAUGCUUUUUUUAUCUGCCUGGAAACAACCCAAACUUCAGGUAAACUAGUCGCUACAACUAAUGUUUUUUUCAUAAUAAAUAAUUGUUUUUGACUGAUACAGGACAACGUUUCUUUAAUAAAAUCAUAAUUUCAGUUUUUUUUUCUGGUUAAACCAAAAGUCACCAUAAUUAUGAGAUUUUGAAAGAAAAUGCCUCCAAAUUUCAAUUUUCGACAUUUUUGAGCAACUAUCGCUAAAAAUAUGAACUUUCAGAUGUUUUUAACGUCUGAACUGAUGAUAAAUAACUUCAGACGAGUCGUUUUCUUGAUUUGAAGCUCAAGCCUUUUUUUUUUUUUAUUCUUUUUUUUUUAGGGAACAAUGAUUGAAAGGUUUUCUCCGUGUUUUUGGACUUUUUUUCCCUUCUUUUCUUUCUGUUGUUGUGUUGAGUAGAGAUCCUUCAGGUGAGGAAAGUUUUACUAGAUGACCUCCCUGCACACUGUUCUCAGAUCAGCUGACGAUGACUCCGUCCGUCAGAUGGAGAGAUUAACCCCCGAGUGGACGGACGGACGGACGGCUGGUCAUCUUUAGACAUUAGACUUGUUUUUCUUCUAUGAAAAGAAACUUGAUGUUUUUAUUAUUAUAAAUAUGAAACUGAUGUUUUAAACUGAUGUUUUGUCUUCGUUUUAGCAACAAAAAAAAAGUUUUUGUUUGUUUUUUGACUUGUGUUCCCAACAAAUACUUGAAUUUCUUAAAAAAAAUGUUUAGAGUUAAAGUAGUGAAUGAUAAAUAAAUAAAUGGACACUGGAUAAUA